AUGGUAGCGAUCGGUGAUUUUAACAACGAUUAUCACUCGGAUAUUGCUGUCGCAUAUUUCGGUACUAAUAGCAUCGGUAUAUUUCUUGGAUUUGGAAACGGUUCUUUCAUCAAUAAAACAGUGAUCUCAACUGGUUCAUCCCGUCCACUUUGGAUACAUAUAGUUGAUCUCGAUAAUGACACCUCACUCGAUAUCGUUACAGCUAAUUAUGGAACUGAUAGUAUUAGCAUAUUUUAUGGAUCUGGAGAUGAAAGUUUUUCAUAUCCGAUCACAUAUUCAAUGGGUUAUGAUUCUUCACCAUUCUCGGUCAUUGGUGCAGAUUUUAACAAUGAUAAUCAUUUAGAUCUUGCUAUUACCAAUUAUGGUACAAAUAAUAUAGCUAUACUUAUCGGAAACGGCAGCAGAACUUUUCUACAUCAACAAGUAUUUUCAACUGGAAUUAAUUCCCAUCCAUAUUCGCUCACUGUUGAUCAUUUUAAUGAUGAUAAUUUAUUAGAUAUUGCUGUCGCUAAUCAUGGAAAUAACAGUGUGGGCGUAUUUCUAGGCAAUAUCAACGGAAUUUUUACUAGUCAAACAUCGUACUCGCUUGAUACUUCUUCACCAUAUUCUAUUGGUCUUGGCGAUUUUAACAAAGACAAUCGACUUGAUUUAAUCGUUAGUAAUAAAGGUACUAAUAACAUAGGUGUAUUACUGGGGCUUGAUAAUGGCACUUUCUCUACACAAACAAUGUAUUCCACUGGUUCUGCUUCUUCAAUCUCAGUUGCUGUAGCUGAUUUCAAUAAAGACAAUCUACUAGAUGUUAUCAUCAUCAGCAAUGAUACUGGCAGUAUAGGUAUUCUCUUUGGUUAUGAUGAAGGCUUACAAACACAAAUGAUGUAUUUAACUGGCUUUUAUUCAAAUUCUGUAGCUGUUGGUGAUCUCAACAAUGACACUCGACUGGAUAUCAUCGUUGCUAAUCGAGGUGACAACACUGUGAGUGUACUUCUCGGAUAUGGCAAUGGUUUGUUUACAAAUCAAGUUACGUAUUCAACUGGUUUUUACCCAUUUUCUGUAGCUGUUGGUGAUUUCAAUAAUGACACUCGACUGGAUAUCGUCGUUGCUAAUCGAGGUGACAACACUGUUAGUGUACUUCUCGGAUAUGGUAAUGGUUCGUUUGCAGAUCAAAUGACUUAUUCAACUGGCUCUGGACCAUCUUCUGUAGCUGUUGGUGAUUUCAACAAUGAUACUCUAGUGGAUAUCGUUGUUACUAAUUCGGAUGACAACACUGUGAGCGUACUUCUCGGAUAUGGUAAUGGUUCUUUUGCAGAUCAAAUUACUUAUUCAACUGGUUUUUAUCCAUUUUCUGUAGCUCUUGGUGACUUCAACAACGACACUCUACUAGAUAUCGUUGUUGGUAAUUGGGCUGACAACACUGUAAGCGUACUUCUCGAAUAUGAUAGUGGUUAUUUUGCAAGUCAAAUUACUUAUUCAACUGGUUUUGCACCAUCUUCUCUAGCGGUUGGUGAUCUCAACAAUGAUGCUCGACCGGAUAUCGUCGUUGCUAAUUGGGCUGACAACACUGUGAGCGUACUUCUCGGAUAUGGCAAUGGUUCGUUUGCAAAUCAAAUUACUUAUUCAACUGGCUUUGCACCAUCUUCUGUAGCUGUUGGUGAUUUCAACAACGACACUCUACUAGAUAUCGUUGUUGCUAAUUUUUAUGACAACACUGUAAGUGUAUUUCUCGAAUAUGGCAAUGGUUAUUUUGCAAGUCAAAAUAGAUAUUCAACUGGCGUUGGACCAUCUUCUGUAGUUGUUGGUGAUUUUGACAAUGACACUCGACUGGAUAUCGCUGUUACCAAUUCGGAGGACUAUACUGUAAGUGUAUUGCUUCAUAAUAGCAGAGGAUCUCUACGUAAUGAAAUAGCAUUUGCAGCUGGUGGUGGUUCUCGUCUACGAUAUAUUACUGUCAAUGAUUUCAACAAUGACACGAUAUUAGAUCUUGCCGUCGUUAAUUAUGGCACUAAUGAUAUAGGUAUACUUCUCGGGAAUGGUAAUGGAUCGUUUUUAGAGCAGAAAACCUUUCCGACAGGUUCAAAUCCCGAUUCACUUGCCAUCGGUGAUUUUAAUAAAGAUGGUCAACAAGAUUUUGCUGUAGCUAAUUAUGGUUCUAAAAACAUUGAUAUGCUUGUUGGAAAUGGAAAGGGAGCAUUUACACGACAAGUAACUGAUGGAUCUAGCUUGAUUUUAGCUCCUAUCGUUGUUACUGCUGGUGACUUCAACAAUGAUAGACAAUCAGAAAUUAUUGUUGCAUAUGACAAUACUGAUAAUAUAGAUAUAUUUGUUACAUUUGAUACUGGCGCCUUCACAAAUCAAAUUAAGUAUUCAACUGGCACUUCUCCACAUUCAGUAGCUGUUGGUAAUUUCAACAAUGACACUCGACUGGAUAUCAUCGUUGCUAAUCGAGGUGACAACACUGUUAGUGUAUUUCUCGGAUAUGGUAAUGGUUCUUUUGCAAAUCAAAUUACGUAUUCAGCUGGCUCUGAGCCAUCUUCUGUAGCUGUCGGUGAUUUCAACAAUGACACUCUACUAGAUAUCGUCGUUGCUAAUCGAGGUGACAACACUGUUAGUGUACUUCUCGGAUAUGGUAAUGGUUCGUUUGCAAAUCAAGCUACGUAUUCAACUGGCAUCCAUCCAUGUUCUGUAACUAUUGGUGAUUUCAACAAUGACACUCGGUUGGAUAUCGUCGUUGCUAAUUUCAACUAUGACACUCCACCGGGUAUCGUUGUUACUAAUUCGGAUGACAGCACUGUAAGUGUACUUCUCGGAUAUGGUAAUGGUUCAUUUGCAGAUCAAAUUACUUAUUCAGCUGGCUCCUAUCCAUCUUCUGUAGCUGUCGGUGAUUUCAACAAUGAUACACUAUUGGAUAUCGUCGUUGCUAGUGAAUAUGAAAGUGUUGUACGCGUACUUCUCGGAUAUGGCAAUGGUUCUUUUGCAAAUCAAACUACUUAUUCAACUGACUUUGAUCCAUAUUCUGUCGCUGUUGAUGAUUUCAACAAUGACACUCAACUGGAUAUCGUCGUUGCUAAUAUAGGAAGCAACACUAUAAGUGUACUUCUUGGAUAUGGCAAUGGUUCGUUUGCAAAUCAAAUUACGUAUUCAACUAGCUUUGGACCAUCUUCUGUCGCUAUUGGUGAUUUCAACAAUGACACUCGACUGGAUAUCGCCGUUGCUAAUGCGUAUAAUAACACUGUAAGUAUAUUUCUUAGUUACAUAAAUAACGUUUUUCAAUACCAAAUGACAUUGAUAACUGGUAAGCAGUCUGUUCCGCGAUCAUUCGUCGUUGGCGAUUUUAACAAUGAUACUUAUAUGGAUAUUGCUGUCGCAAAUUCAGGCAGCAAUAAUCUUGGUAUUUUUCUUGGGUUUGGUAAUAGUUCUUUUGUAAAUCAAACAACAUUUGAAACAGGCUCUGGUCCAUGGUCUUUAGCGGUUGCUGAUUUAAACAACGAUAGCCAAUUAGAUAUUAUUGUGAGUAAUAUUAAUGAUAGUAAUAUCAGUGUACUUCUCGGAUGCGGCAACGGAUUUUUUGCAAAUCAAACAAUAUAUUCAACUGGAAUUAAUGCUGAACCCUACUCAGUUGCCAUUGGUGAUUUUAAUAAUGACGCCUUAUUAGAUAU